GUCCAUCUGAAUGUGUAGACUGCAAAUUUUUUUUGGCUGGUGGGGUCUUGGAGGAUUUGUUCACAAUUUGCACUUGCAUUUCGCUAGCCUGUUCUCGUAAGAGUUACAAAUUAAAUGUAGCUUGGUUGUCAGUGUGCUUGGUCAUAGCACUCACUUUCAGGUUUUGAAAUCUGAAUUUUUGAUGGAGUGCAAUAAAGAAGAGGCCGUAAGGGCCAAGGAAAUUGCUGAAAAGAAAAUGCAAAACAAAGAUUUCAGUGGGGCUCAAAAAUUUGCUCUUAAGGCUCAACAGCUAUAUCCUGAUUUGGAGAAUAUUAAUCAAAUGCUUAUUGUUUGUGAUGUGCAUUGCUUUGCUGAUCAGAAAUUGUUUGGCAAUGAGACGAACUGGUAUAAAAUUCUUCAAAUUGAGCUGACGGCUGAUGAUGCAACAAUUAAGAAGCAAUACAGGAAGUUUGCUCUCCAACUUCAUCCUGACAAAAACAAGUUUUCUGGUGCAGAAGCGGCAUUUAAGCUGAUUGGGGAAGCUCAAAGAGUUCUUUUAGAUAGAGAAAAACGAACUAGGCUUGAUAUGAAUCUGGGCAGGGCUCCAAUGAACAGAGCUACCAUGCCAUCUCAUCAUCAUCAGAAUGUUCAGAUGAAUUUUAAUCAUGUAAUGCAAAACACUGUCAGACCCAGUUUUACAAACUUAAAUCCUCAUCAGCAACAACAAUCUGGACAGACAUCUCAUCAGGGGCCUAAUCGUGGCCGCCCUACUUUUUGGACCAUGUGCUCACAUUGUUCUGUUAGAUAUGAGUAUUUUCUGGAAGUUUUACACAGAUCUCUUCGCUGUCAACAUUGCAAUAGGCCCUUCGUUGCAUUGGAUAUACAAAGUACAGCACCAUCAACUAAUUCAACUCAGCAAGCUUUUGGUGCACAGAACCAUAGCCAGAAUCAUAGCGCUUUCAAUGUUGGUGUUGGAUCUCAAGGUAAUGUGCAUACUCACAGAUCACGCACUGAAUCACACAAAAAAAAACGCCAUCCUGUGGAUGACCUUGUAAAGCCAAAUGGAAAGAGAAGGAGAAAGCGGGCAGCUGAAUUCAGUGAAAGUUCUGAAUCUGUGGGCAGUACUGAUUCGGAAUCUGAAGAGGAGAUUCGUUUUGACAAUGAUGCUGUUCCUGGUUUUUCUACCCACAUAGAAGAGAAUCCACGUAGAUCUACGCGACAAAAGCAUCAGGUUUCCUACAAGGAAAAUGUGAGUGAUGAUGAAGGGAGUGGAUCUCCAUCUGGUGCUGGAGAAGAGGAGCAUGAGGAGGCAGCUAAAAGUAAUGAACAAAAUGGUUUGGCUGCUGAUAAGAAAGAUCAGGGACAGGAAAAGGGGAAGCAGAACUUUUAUUCUGAAGAGAGCGUUCAAAAUAUAAAAGAGGAGCUUAAGGAGGUGAGGGAAAAAGAGGCAGUGGGUAGCUCAAACACAGACAAAACUUCAGAGCAUUCACCCUUGAAAUCAGCAGAUCAACCAGCUCAGUUUAUUUAUCCAGAUGCAGAAUUCAGUGACUUUGACAAAGACAAGAAAGAGGGGUCUUUUGCUGCUGGGCAGAUUUGGGCUAUUUACGAUACUGUUGAUGGUAUGCCUCGAUUCUAUGCUUUAAUCAGAAAAGUUCUCUCUCCUGGAUUCAAGUUGCGAAUAACAUGGUUUGAACCAGAUGCAGAAGAGAAAGAUGAAAUCCACUGGAUAAAUGAGCAAUUGCCAGUUGCUUGUGGGAAACAUAGACUUGGUAAUACAGAAAGUACUGAAGAUCCACUGAUGUUCUCCCAUCUUAUUGUUUGUGAAAAGAUUGGCCGCAGUAGGUAUGAAGUAUAUCCUAGAAAGGGAGAAACUUGGGCUCUUUUUAAAAAUUGGAAUAUCAAAUGGCAUAUGGAUGCGGAGUCGCAUAGGCAGUAUGAUUUUGAAUUUGUCGAAAUCUUAUCAGAUUACAUUGAAGGUAUGGGAGUAGUUGUUGCAUACCUGGGUAAAUUGAAAGGUUUUACAUCUCUCUUCUCUCAAUUGGAUGGAGGCAAGCGUACCAUUCAAAUUCCAUCAGCCGAGUUAUUCAGAUUUUCUCACAGGGUUCCAUCUUUUAAAAUGACUGGUCGGGAAAAAGUUGGUGUUCCUGUAGGGUCUUGGGAACUUGAUCCUGUAUCCCUGCCAAGGAAUAUUGAGGAAAUUGAUGUUCCUGGAGAUUUGAAUUUAAAUGUCGGACAUUGUCCAUCUAGUGGGAAUGGCUCAAGGUCUUCAGAUAUGUCGAAAUUUGCCAGGGAGGUAGAUGCAUCUACUGCAAAGCUUAAUUUGGAAAGAAACAAUUCUUCAAAGGAGAACAAGGAUCCCGUUGAACAUACUGGUAGUGAUCUUUCAUCCUCAGCCGCAGAAGCUUUUGAAAUUCCAGAUCCCGAGUUCUAUAAUUUUGACGGUGGGAGGUCCAUAGAAAAGUUUCAGGUUGGUCAGAUUUGGGCAUUUUACGGGGAUGAGGAUGGACUACCAAAAUACUAUGGUCAGAUUAAGAAGAUUAGGAUCAGACCAGAACCUGAGUUGCAAGUUACUUAUCUUACUAACUGCUGGAUACCAGAGAACUGUGUCAGAUGGGAAGAUAAAGACAUGCUUAUUUCCAUUGGCAGAUUUAAAAUCAAAACGAGCGCCAGUCCCUACACUUAUACUGACACCCGUUCUAUUUCACAUCAGGUGCAGACUAUUACUGACGGUAAGAAGGAAUAUGAAAUUUUUCCAAGGAAAGGCGAAAUUUGGGCAUUGUACAAGAAUUGGACGACUAAAAUAAAACGUUCUGAUCUGGCAAAUUUGAAGUAUGACAUAGUGGAAGUUGUUGGAGAAAAUGAUUUGUGGAUGGAUGUUGUACCUUUGGAGUUGGUAAGUGGUUAUAAGUCAGUUUUUAAGUGCAACUUAAAUGCACGAUCAGCUAGGACCAUGAAAAUACUUUGGAAAGAGUUGCUCAGGUUCUCCCACCAAAUCCCUGCCUUUAAAUUAACAGAAGAACGUGGGGGCAAUCUGAGAGGCUUCUGGGAGCUUGAUCCUGGAGCAUUACCCCAUUAUUAUUUUAGCAGCAAAUAAUACAAACCUAGGGCUCCUGAACUGAAAAUGAAUGGGCUUAAUAUGUUUACUUAUAACCCUAUUGCCUUUUGCCGGGAAGCAAAGUUUGAUGUCCUAAUGACAAUUUUGGACUCAGUUCUUUUAGUAGUUCUUCAAAUUUAAAUUAGAUAAGAACAAUAUACCUUUUUGUGUCUAUGCAGCAGUGCUGCAUGAUCACACUUGAUAUGACAAGUCCUUAGAUAUUGUUCCAGCUGUCUAGAGGUAAGGAGGUAUUACUGGUUUUUCAUUUGCA